GGAGUUCAUCACCAACCUGAAAAGCUUCAGCUCCUUCUACAGCGGCCUCGGGGAGGCGCUGUGCAGUCGGGAGCCUACCGCAGCAAACAACUCCCUCUGCUGGAAUGGGCAGGAGAUGACAGACAGGUUUGCCGGGCCCAGCCAGAAACGGCUUCAUCCCGCUUCGGAGUCUAAGAGCAACAAGCAGCCGGAGCCGGUCAUCAGCCAGAUCAUUGAUAAACUGAAACACAUCAACCAGCUGCUCAACAUGGUGACGGUGUCCGAGAAGCGAUGGCGAGCGCGCUCAAGAGGAGCCGACGCCGACGAGGGGUUCGCGAGCGGCGACUGCGACGAUGAGGACGAGUGCGCCGAGGUGUCGGGGCUGGGGCCUCCUCCAAGACGCAAACGGCUGCGGAUCUUCGCAGACCUUGACAGUAACCUGGAUGACUUCACCUUCCAGGAGCAGCUGCUGACCCCUCGGCUGGCCACCACCGGGAUGGGAGGGGCCCCGUCACCUGCGGCUCCGCUGCCGAGGAGCAGCCUGGUCCCCGUGCUGCCAGCGACUCUCGCUUUCCUCCCGCUUUGGCGCCACUGACGGAGCCGGCCUUCUGCUCUCUGUUUUAGCUAUAAAUUCCUUACAAACACGUAAAAGGUGACGAAUCUUUUGGACCUCUAGAACACCGGCGGCCCCAUCAAAGGAAGUAUUAACAACCAAAACCCCCCUUUUUUUUUUUUUUUUUCCCCUCCUACUCUAACAAUAGUUUUUCUUCAUUCAAAUUUGGUCGGCGUUCCAAAAUCAAGCACACUCCAUAUCCUCUCUUGUAAAUAAGAAAACUUCCAGCUGGCAAACUUUACUUUUUUGUACGCUCUGGCUUCACAUGCUCAUAUACUGACUUUGUCUCUAUAGCAACAAGGCAGGAGAGAAGCCGAUUAUUUAUUAAACUGUGGACAUGUAAAUAAGUGUAACCACUCUGUCUGUACCAGCCCAGCUGGAAGAACCAAGCGUCAGCCGCUGCCAUAUUCCCUCAUGACUGAGUGAAACUCUCGCCAGCACUGGAACUGAAAGCUCACAGGGAAUCACUUCUCUUAAAGGGAAAGUCCAGAAAUGUUUUCAAACGAGGUUCUGCUGAAUGCUUAUGUGCAGUAAUCGUCUUACCUGCUGUAGGUGACGAUCUUCGUUUAGCGUGAUUUCAAAUUGGUUGAUCCAGGCAGAAACUGACAGGUGGUUCACAUCAAGAUCACGAAUGUUUUUAAAGGGCCAGACAACUUUGCCAGAAUGUAUUGAUAAAAUCCAAUAACAAACUCUUAAGAUAUUAAUAAGCAGCUGCCUCUGCUUUAGAUAAGUACUUCUUAAUGGGGCAGUGUUAUUUAAAACUGACUUUUUUUAGCUUUACAUCACGUUAUAAUGUUAGUCCCUAAUCUAAAACGUACCUGGAGUGUUGCCUUGAUUCUUUCAAGCAAUGAGAAAUCAUUUAAUCUCCAUGGCAACCAUUCAGCUGUAUGAAACAGAUGAAGGGACAGGAAGGAGCAUCUCCUCCUCUUUUCUAAGUGAAGUUUUCAAGACGAGUUUCUGCCUCACAGAGCUCCCCUCCCUGACAGUAACGUCGUUACUUGAUUGUGCUAUAAAAGGCACUAUACCUGGAAAAAACAUCACACUGUUCCUUUAAACCUAAAUACUACUGAAACGUUUUCACAUCGAUCCCUCCCUCCUGGACUUUGCAGUCGUGUUUGUGGUUUAUUUGCAGUUUAAAUAACUGCAUUUGUGAAGCUACUUUAGAGAUAUUUACAAUGAAUUGUGCAAUAUUUGUCUUGAUGCAUGACAACAAAUGUGACUUUUUCUUCCUCCCUAUUUUGAUCACAUACCACAACUUGACAUGAAGUAAGGCUGGAGCAGCGUAGCUGUAAAAAGUAAGAAACACUGCCGCCACGUUGGCAUAACUUAUACCUGAUGUGUUUGACCAUAAAAUAUUUGAAAUAAACUCACAAUUAUGCAUUAUUGCUGCUGCGUUAAUUUCUGCGAUCUCUGGAUAGUGACAAACUGGAGGGGCAGAUGGAUGUAAUUUGGGAAUUUGCAGAUUAAAAACUGAUUUGAUUUGAUUGAUACAAGAAUAUUUAAGCCCACAACUAUAAUCCUAAAGGCUUUGUUCAUAUUCAUGUGUCUGUCUAGUCUAAAGGGUCACGUUAAAAGUUAUAGUGGGCCGGAUUCGACCAACAUGGACUUCUACAAGUUCUGUCUAAAGAACUUUGUGACUUUUCCAGGCAAGAUGAAGGCAGGUUCAUAGAUAAACUAAACUUUAAAACACUUUUAGAGCUGGGAUGCAGCUGGGAUGUAUGAUUCUUAACCUGCUUUCAUAAUUGGAUUGGACUGACUGUAUUGUUCUGUAAAUAAACUGGAUCUGUUAGGUCUUUUUAAAGUGCCUUGAGGUGGCAUUUGUUAUGAAUCGGAGUUAUAGUAGUAAACUAAGAAGAAAUAAAUGAACCACAGCAGGAAUAACAGGCAGACAUGGAGAUGAAAAGUUGAAUCCAACAAGGAGAAGACUAAAACGGGAAGCAGAGAAACCAAGAAGAGUGACCAUUGGGGGGAAGAGCAGGGUUGCAUCUGUUAGAGACUAAAGGAGCUGAGGGAAAAUGACUAAUUGGUGUGGAAUGAAUCCACUGGGGAAACGGUGAGAUCAGGGAAACCAAAUAAGCCUCGGAAACAUUAAGCAUGACCAAAAAAUUAAGGUGAUCAAAAA